AUGUCGACCUUGCUGUCCGAAGCGCCCGCGACGCUGGAGCCGACCGUUGCAGCCGGGGGUGGUAGUGACACCGUCUCCUCAUCCUCCCUUGACUACUCCGCCUCUGCCGCGGCGGCUGCAUUGGUGGGAAACUCCGCCCACUUUGCGAGCAACGCCUCCAUCGCAGUCUUCCUCUUCGCGAAGGAGAAGCUGCUCUUCCGCUACCCCGACACGGACCCGUUUGUUGUGGAUGUGGCCGCGCAGGGCUCCUCCUCAGCUUCGUCCUCGUCGGCUGCGACGGGCGGAUCGGCGGCGGCGGCGGCAGCAGCAGCGGCGGCAGCAGCGGCAGCAGCGGCGGCAGCUGACGCAUCGAGUAAAAAGGCUUCGGGCGAGAGCAACGCGCCUUCCGCCCCCAGUGCCGCGCACGCAGCGCCGUCGCAGCGGGACCGUCAACGCAGUCGUGGCCCCUAUGCCGAGCAAACCAAAAGGGGCGGCGGCGGCGGCGGAGGCAACAACAGCAGCGGUGGCACUCACUUGGACCCGGGCGAUGCCAGCAACACACAAACGGCGACCUCAUCGAUGAACGGCGGCGGUGGCAAUCGACUGAAGAAGUCGACACAUGGGCACGUCACUAUGGCGGUGGAUGUCAAGGACGGUCAUCACCAUCACGGCGCUGGCGGUGCCCAAACGCCAGGUGGGGCCGCUCCGGAUCCCAAUGCGCCAGUCAGCAGCAACAGCGGCGUGGCACCGCAGCGCGGAAUGCGGCGGCCAGCCUCCAGCUAUUCGCUGGCGAGCGAUCACGUGAGCAGCAGCGGAGGCAGCUUCAGUCACGGGCACGGCGCCGUAUCGGUUGGUGGUGGUGGUACAGCAGCCGCAGAGGGUCGCCGCGGGCUCACGGCAAGGGGGCAACUCAGCAGCUCGUCAGGUUUGAUUAUUCAAGUUCAGCACACGUCCAGUGGAAGCACGCGGCGUCAGCUGUCUGGCGCCGCAGCGGCCGCCACCUCCUCUAUCAGUGGCUCCUCCAACACGCGCAAGUCGAACAACGUUUCCGCAGGGGCUGCCGCUGGUGGUGGCGGUGGUCCGGCACCGGGUGGCGGUCGCAACGGAGCCCCACAGCAGCCGCAACAGCAGGCUGCGACCACAGGCUCUGCCACGUGUGUCGGCAUCGCCCCCAAUGUGCUCAUGCACCUCCUGCGUGGGGCUCUGUGUGGCACCACCACCAUCAACAUGGUCAACUGCACCUUUCUAGUGUUUCCGCUGUCCAUCGGAGCCGCCGCGCCAAACACGGUCAACGGGCGCGACAGCACAGCAGGUAGCAGCAGCGGUAGCUUCGCCCCCCUUGACCGUCCGCGGCUACCACACCGCUCCGGAACGGCGCUCCUCGUAGUGGCGAUGAGGGAGCCAGACACGGACACUGGCGCCAUCGCGAACUUUACUCAGUGCUUCGUGAACAUUCUGUGCCGCGAGGAGCACCGCUGCCAGUACGUGUCCACGGAGCUGGAGCGGAUGGAGAUGCUGACCAACCACUGGGAGGUCGGCGGCGCCGCAGCGUUGGCGAGCGCUGCGGCCGCGGCCGCAGAGGAGCGGCGUCCGCCCGGAGAGGAAGCACAUCAGCCGCCAUUGAUGGCUGGUGGAGUCGGUGAGCCUUCUGGCGCUGGCGGCAGCGCAAUCUCUGCGUCGGCGUCCGCCUCGCCUACGCGAGAUCGCCGCCAUCGCGCUGCCAGCCCCAGAGGUGGUGCCGCUGACAUGGACGCUGCCUCUUCCGGAAACUACGACUACCUGUUUUCCGCCUCCCGACCCGCUGUCCGCCACAAGCUCGCGCCUGCCGUGGCCAGCGGUACUGCAAGCGAGAAGACCGCCUUGACAAGCCGCGGCGAUCGCGUCGCUGCAGCGGGGGCUUGCACGAGCCUGCAUUCGGCCUAUAAUCAGCAGCAGCAGCACCACCAUCGCUCGAGAGAGUCAACUUCUGCAGCCUCGAAGGACAACAUGGCGGGGCCUCUCCUAGAGUGGGCUGAUCCGGACGACGACGCGGACGGUGACAAUGGUGCGUACCGUGAAGACAACCGCGAUGCGGACCAUGCCUUCUCGCGCACCGCGUCACCCUCCCCUGGGAAAGGUGAAGAGCACAGCAGCAGCCGUCGCGGUUGUUUCUCGCCUGCUGAGACUGCCUCGUCCGCUCUCACUACCUCUGCGUCGUCACACUCCUUGUACCAGCAACUCGCCGUGCACGUGCGGCUGGCGUACGAGGUGCUGCGCGUGGCGCAGUGCAUUGACGUCUGGAACCGCACGAUGCGCGGUGGAUGCAGUGCGGGCAACGGCGCCGGUGGAGGAGCACUUGAGGGUGAUUUGUGGGGCAGGAGGACAAGCUGCAUGACGAGUUGCGGUCGUGGCGUCGCCGGUGCAUUACGAGAGCCGCGUCGGCGUCCAUCCAUCGCUACGGGCUGCGCACAACAGCAGCAGCAGAUUACCUUCGCCUCCGCUGGCACUGCCCCCGACACUCUCCCAGAGGCGCUCCUGAUCAACCACAUGUUGCUGCUGCCCAUGUCUCACCUCACAGGCGCUGAGCGGCGGAAGGAGCCCCACAGCCUGCGCUCGGCCUCCUUCCGUAUCCACCCCUGCAGCGUGCUCACCGUUGAGGCGGACAAGUUCACCGAGCAGCUGCAGCACCGCUAUCUCGACGUGAUGGGGAGGCGCUACGCCAAACUCAUCCCCUUGUCGACGGUGUACGCGUUGCUGCAGGCGCUGCCGUCGCCGCGACGAGCCGGCUCGUUUUAUCGAAGUCUUGAGCUCACCUUUCUGGAGGCGGUGCAGCGACGCCACGCCCGUGCCGCUGCGGCAGCGGCGGCGGCGAACAACACUAGCGUGAGCGGAGGGUUGGACCUAGGCGUGACCGCCACCUCGGUGUUGCAGGCAGACCUUCGCGGCAGCCGCGAGAUAAUCGAUGAGGACACAAAUUCCUUUCACACAUCCGCAGCGGCGGCGGCGGCGGCCACGACAGCUGCCGGGCUCGACUUUCUCGCGAUGGAGAUUAUCGACUUCCUGCGCGUGAACGGCGCCAUCUCGGUAGCGUCGGAGAUGCACGUGUGCUUCACACAUGGCGAGGUAACCCCGGUGGCGUUUCUGGAUGCCGCUGUCGCACGCCGUCGCCGCCAUCGCCUGAAGGCACAGCAGCGAGCGCUAAAGGCCGCUGCAGCCACAGUGGCAGCACCGAAGGAGAGCGACGAGGGUGACGCCGGCAGACAUAGAGAGCAUCGCGAUCAUCGACGCUGCACAGCGCGUGACGCCGAGAUGGACGCGGAGACGGGCAUCAACGGCGAGGCUGACUCGGCUGUCGCCGGGAUAGGGCUCUGCGCGCCGCUGAAGUCAAUCGCCGAUUCAACAAGCGCGAAUCAGAGCUGGAUGUCGUCCCAGACGACGACCGUCGGAUCCGCCACUACCGGCGCGACCCCGGAGGUUACGGCUGACCCGUUGGACGCGGUGUUGGACAUGGAAACGGUGCCGGCGGCGCUGGUGUUACACAUGCUCGAGCGCGUCAUCGACACACAGCAACACCGCCAUCAACCACAUCAACAGGAGCAGUACCACUCACUCGCUGUGAUCGGUGGCAGUGACCAGCGUGGGGAGACGCCAACGCCGGUGACCAGCAUGGCAGAACUGCCAAAGACACCGAGCACUGACACGAUUUCGGCGGGGAAACAUUCCUCCCACGUCGGCUACCGAACCAACGGGCACGACACCUCGCUCACGCAGGGGUGGCAAGGCAGCUCUCACCUGUCCACCGGAGCAGUGGGCACAACCUCCUCUCCGCCUCUGUACCUCGCGACACAUACGGCCACCACCAGUACUCUUCCCUCCGCCGCCACCGCCACUGCGCCACAGCCAGUGUUGUCGAUCACAGCGCCGGGGCCGCUGUCGGUGUACUGUGCGUGGGGCUCGGCAUGCCCCCUCUGUGAGCUGCUGAUGGCGCAUCCACAGUGCUGGACGACGCGAAGCCAUCGCGGCUACACGCUGGGCUUCUACACCAUCAAUGCCACCCGGCCUCGAUCCUACGACAGCGGCCCCGCCAUUCAGCUCACCUUCCCGUCCCUCGACGAGAGUGUCUGUACGUGUGCGCGGCACGCCCGACAUCUGCGCGACAACGCAGACUUCACGGCUCUCAUGCAGAACAGCUACACCGGAGACGGCAGCAGCAGCAGCCUGCUGCACUCCAUGCAGCCAUGGUUCAUGCGGCCUCACAUGUUCAUAACCCCAGUGACGGCAGCCUAUGGUGUGUCGCCAUACGAGGUGUUUGAGCGCAUAUCGUACCACUGCAAUCGGCUCAGUAGCGGCAGCGGGCCCAGCCAGCGGCUCCCACUCCAUCACGCACCGCAUUUGUCCAUGGCCGGCGAGUCUGCCGCCACAGCCGCGUCGCUGAUCGCGGUGAACAGCACCAGCUCUCUCAUCGAUCCCGAUCCUCGCGACCUCCUCCUCAUCUCCCGCGCGCAGGCGCACCCGCACGAGACGUCUGUUUCCACGGCCUGUCGUGACGCCGCCGUCGGCAGCGCGAAGGAGCAAGGCCACACGCUCCUGCAGUGCGCCGACAUACCCGAAGCCGCGGUGGAGUACCUUCGCCGCUCCGCUGACGUCAUCAAGCAGCGCCUCGACUACGCACGGCGACAGCAGAGCCUCCUAGAGCGGUAUGAGCAAGCGUGGGAACAGCAAGGCACGGCGCUGGCAAGGACAGCACCACUCGCGUCCACGCCGACUCCCGCUGCCGCUCCUGACGCGAGCCCAGCCGCCCAGCCAGCACGGUCCGCCGCGGUGGCCGUGGCUAAACCCGCAUCCAGCUUGGCGAUCCAAGUGUCACAAGGCCACACCGUGCAAGGCGCGGUGAGUUUUAGUAGUCAUGUCGACGCUGCCAGAGGUGGUGGUAGCUCUCCGUCCUCCUCCUCCAUUCCCGUCUCUGCAGCGGUGGCGCCACUGGGCAGGAGUGCCAGCCCCCGGCCACGCUCCCUGCACUACGGCUGCCGCCAGCUUCCCCUGCACACCGCCUCCAGACCCCUCGCGAAUCAAGUGCUGCUGUUCGACAGCACCACGCCAGCCGAAAUGGACAGUGCCACCGACUCCACAGCACCACAGCACCAGCAGGAGCGACAGCGGAGCUACACAAGCUUGACGCACAUAGACCCGCACACGCAGUCUAUCACCAGCGCGUCCGCCGCCACGCCGCUCGCUAGGGUCGACGGCCUGCUCGGGACGGAGCGCUCUCUCCCAGUGGAAGUUCUGCUGCAGUACGUGCUGCAUCACGUGAUCGCGCUCAGCUGGGGAACGCGCGGACUCGAAGUGGACACGCUGGUGCGUCUUCUCGAGCGCAACCUGCGCCGUCUUCCGCCGCUACUCGCGAAUCUGCCGUACAUCGUGCAGCUGCGCAGUGCCGGAUACACGAGCGCGUCGGCUGCGGCGGCGUUAGCAAGCAACGCAACAGCGAGCAGUGCGGGUGGAGAGGCCACGGCAGUCGUGUCCUCUGUCUUCACCACUGUACACACGCGCCUCGCCGCCGCGUCGUUACCUUCUUCGACCCCCGUACAUGAUGCGGCGCCCCAGGAAUUCCUCCAAGGUACCUCACCAGACAGAUCUGUGACAAGUCCCUACAGCGGCAUGUCGCACGCCGCCACCAGUGCCCCCGUCACAGAGGCAGAGGUACAGCUGUUGCAAGCCUACGAGGUGCUCGAUCAGCUGAGCUUGAUGAAGCUUCUGUCUGCGUACGCGACGUGGCCGGUGCGCACGGUGCCGACGCGGCUGCUGCUGCACACGGUGGUGAACGAGUUCAGCGACGUUCUCUACGUGGACAGCUCGGAGCGUAACGGCGAUGCAGAGCAUUGA